AUGCCCAGUAAAACGGAAGGCUUGGUCCUUACAGUGGAUCCUCAUGUCCUCCACAAGGUCGACACUGAGAACCCGGAGAACUUCUUCAGCAUUUGGGCCCUAUUUUCCAGAUGUGCCGACUCCGUCGAACAAGGUCGGCGGUUAGAGAACCUCAGCUGGAGGUUAUGGAAUCGUGAGGUCCAAUGUUGUGCCGCACAGACGAAAGAGCAGGAAAGCCACGCCACAUCCUUCCCCAAGGACAUCCCCAGUGGAUAUGCUCCCGAGAUGCCUCAACUUUCUGGCAGUGUUGAUUCAGCCAUUGACGACGAUGAGGAUGCCGUCGAGUUCUCCUCUGAGCUGGAGCCCGUGGACAUCCUACGACCCGCAAUCGUACGACACGACUCUUGCGCUAGCAGCCAGAGCCGUGGCCGUGAGCGUCAUAUCACCUCAGACCACCUCGAGAGAAUGGUCUGCACCAUUAUUCAAGAGACCGAGCCUAACUUGAACCCUCUCCCUGAGAUCAGCUCCCCCUCGAUAGAGCCAGAGUCAGAUGAGUCGCAGUCUGCAUUCUCGCCUGAUACACAAGAGGUUCUUGAGUCUCCUACUACACCAGCCACCGAGCCCAUGUGUUACUCGACUGGAAAUGCGGAGACCGAUCCUUCAGAGCUUGCAUCAUCCGCCAACACAUACAACACACAAGUCAUCCGCGGCUUCUCUCCCUCGCAGUUGCCUAUCCCAUCCCUGCGAAUUAUGAGCCAGGAGUUCAUGAAGGCCUCGGAAUCUACCGCUAUUCCCGAGCCCCAGUCUUCCCCAGCGCACAAGCCUGUACAGCUUAAGAAGCAGCCUGCCAAGUUUGCACUUGGUGGCUCUUCUGGUGACGAGUCGUCGCCCAGCCUCGAGGUUCGCCAGCCUAUGAUUCAACAAGCCAAGAAGAAGGGCAUGUUUUCCAUUGGCGAAUCCUCUGGCUCCAACGGAGAUGAGACGCCUUCACUGAAGAGCGCUAUGCAUUCGGCAAGGCCCAGCUCUCUACUUAACACGCAGAAGAAACAGGCAUCCUUCAGUAACCAGGUUACUACCCGCACCAUUCAGACUCCCAGCGACCAAAGCGAUAGUUACAUGGAUGAAAGCGCCAUCGACGACGAUGAUGAGGACUCUGAAUGGGAGGACUCCAUCGAGGAGAGCGGCAAGUCUAGCAUAGACGACCCUGUCACCUUCAAGCGUGUUCCCUCCAAGCCCAACUUAACUUCGCAGCGAUCCUUGAUCAGCCUCAUGUUUGCGGGUCAGGAUCAACGCGCCAGUGGCCUUAACAACCACGUUUCCCACUCGACCUCGGCCCUCCCUCAGCGAGCUCGCUCAUACCAUGGCGGGCAGGCAUCUCAGGCAGUAGCCUCCCCCAAUGACUCCGAUGACAAUGGUCUGGAGAUGAACAUGAGAAGAAACCAGCGACGUGCACCCCUGCGACCCAUCAAUGAGAUACCUCGUUCCACUGCUCAGCCAAUCAUGACCACUAUCCAGAGCAAUCAUCAGGCCGCUCUCUCCCCACGAACCACUCGACGCAACAUGCUGGCCACGGAGCUUACCGAAUCACUUCGACGACACCUCCUUUGGGAACGUCAGCACAAGUCUUCCACCGCUAACGCCGUCCUGAAGAGGCGCCACACUUCUCAUGACGUUGCCAAUCUGAAGCAAUAUCCUGAGAAGUCUUACAUGGGCAAGGACAACAGCCAGACUAUCACCGAGGAGCAGAAUGCCAGCAGUUGGAACCAGGUCCUCGAGAGAGAUGCACUUGGUGGAUACAACGCUCAAGGCUGGUAA